AUGGCGCGGAACCAGGAAAAGGCGCAGUCCAUGCUCUAUCGCUUCCGCCAAGCGCAGGCUGAAGAGCUGGGCGUGUCGUCCAGACAUGAAAGGCGCCCUAAGAUAAUUACAAGUGUCACUAGUGUGCGUGAUUGCGAUAAAUGGCGUGGGGAGGUCAUGCGUGAAAUCAGUCGCAAAGUGACACGCAUUCAAGAUUUCGGCUUGACAGAUUAUGAAGUCCGUGAUCUAAAUGAUGAAAUCAAUCAGCUAUUCCGUGAAAAGAGCAUGUGGGAGCGCCAAAUUGCGGCGCUUGGUGGUGCCAACUAUCGCAGUGGUGUGCCACGAAUUCUGGACGACCAUGGUGAAGAAAUUCCCGGUAUGCGAGGGUACAGGUACUAUGGACGUGCCAAAGACCUUCCUGGUGUGAAAGAGCAUUUACGCCCUGUCGAGUUGGAAGAGGAGGAGAAAGAAUCGGCCAAAACACAAAAGUACAAGCGAUUCCAGAAUCAACCCAGCUCUUACUUUGGCAAUGACGAUGAAAAGGAUGGUGUGUUGCUUCGAGAUGAAGAUGAGGCGGAGCAGCUGGGUUGGAAGAAUGGCUGGACUCGGAUUGCAUCGGCCUUGUUGUUGCCGGAGGGCACGCCCGUACCGCCGCUACCACGGCGGGCUGCUAGGAUCUUGGACUUGGACAAAAUGGAAGGUACAGAGGCGUCUUCCAUGGAGAACAAACCUAGCAAGAAGGCCAAGAAGGAGAUGCAAGAUACCCCUAGUGAUAGUGCGCCGCUUCUCCCUGCCCUUGAUGCGCAAGAAUUGGUCAUGCCUCCCACGCCUAGCCGCAAAGAUAUUGAGGCCUUUAUGCUCCAGGCAAAGAAGGCAGCCCUACGCAGUGAAUACCUUGGCGCAUAA